AUGGAACCUGGAACACCAGGCUUCCGCCCCUCCAUCCUCAUCCUCGCCCCUCCCCCCAGGAAACGGCCUCCAUCCCUACCCCCCUCCCCGCACCGAGUAACAGAUCCCAUUUCCGGUGCCUUCUCAGAUCCGGUCCAGCAGACGUCCCUCUCUCAGAUUCCAGGAGGGGACUCUCGGACGUCUCAUUGCGUCCGCCAUAGAUUGCGACUCCUGCCGCCCAGGUCACCCACCGCGGGGACACUCCGAGGGCCCACAGCCUCCACCAUCGACCCCACUGCUGCUCCACUGCCGCUCCUGCUUCCGCGCCGCCUCAGUCUUGCUGCCCUGUGCCUGCACCUCCAGACAUGGCGACCCCCGCCUGCGGCCUCCUUUGUGCGUCAGAACUACCACCCUGAGUGUGAGGCCUACGUCAACACCCACAUCACCCUGCAGCUCUACGCCUCCUACGUGUACACGUCCAUGGCGUCCUAUUUCGAUGGCACGUCGUGCAAGCACUUGGUUGAGUUCCUCCUGCAGCAGUCAAGUAAGGAGAGGGCGCUUGCGGAGAGGCUGAUGCAGCUGCAGAACCAGCGCGGGGGCCAAAUCCACCUGCGGGACAUCAGCAGGCCUGACCGCAACAACUGGGAGAGUGGCCUGAGGGCCCUGGAGUGUGCCUUGCACCUGUCCAUCGUGGUAAACCAGAGCCUGCUUGAUCUGCACCAGCUGGCCACCCAGAAGGGGGACGGCCACCUGGGCGAUUUCCUGGAGAGUCACUACCUGCACCAACAGGUGAUGUUCAUCAAAGAGUUGGGGGACCAUGUCACUCAGCUGCGCAAGAUGGGAGCUCCGGAAUCCGGCCUGGCAGAGUACCUCUUUGACAAGCUCACCCUGGGUGGCAGCAAGAAGAACUGA